AUGGCAGAAAAUCAAUCAAUCAACCAGGAGGAACCGUAUUGGCGUCGGCUAGUGCUGAGCUGGGUUUCUUGUGCUCAGCUGAACACCGGCCUUGGUAACCACGAUCUAACUACAUGCUACUACAAUUUCCGACGCAAAAUCAAAGAGCAUCAUGAUUUGCAGGAAACCACAGUAGUGGAGUUUCUGCGCGCAAAGUUUCCGCACUUUGAGCUGCAACUAGAGAAGGCAAAUGAAAUACCGGAAAGCGAUGAUAUUUACGUGUUUUCGUUGAUGCUCUACUUCUCCUGCGUUCGGCACUCGAUACCGUAUUUUCAAAACAUAUGCCAGCAGUUGGAUGUCGCAUACCAGCACAGCAUAAAAGCGUUUCUGAACUCAUUCGUUCCGGAAAAUGACAAUAAGAUCAUCAUUAACCGUGCAUUCAUGAAUAACGCCUUUCAAAACGCCAAGCGAUCAGCUACCGCAUUGAGUGAAGAUUCAUGUAAUAGACGAGAUCAUAACCAAUACAGCGUACAGAUGCUCACAAGCACACCAAUCGGAAAGCUCGAAAUGAAAAAACCGUCACCACCGACACCGAAAAGCGUAGCGCUUGAAUGGAAGGUAAAAAAUCUCCACGCAAUGCUAGAAUCUGCCAGAACGGAAAACAUUGCCCAGGAAAGACAAAUCGAGCAAUUGUUGCAAAAUGUUAAGGAACUACAAGGAGAUAAGAAAAAGUACCAGUCGAAAAUAAGCGCUUUGCAGCUGAAAGAAACAUGUGCGUGUACGAGUAAUUCAACGGAGCUCUCACAUCCUACUAACAGAGCGACGGAACAAUUGCAAAAACAAAUUGAAAUUAAUAACAAGAUCAUAGAGGAACUGCAGGAAGAAAUUAACCAGACAAAGGAAAUUGCGAACACAACAAUGGAGCGAUACAUGGCAAUAAAAAAACAAUACGCAACGGCCCAAGAAGAUAAUCAGCGAUUGAAGAUGUCGGCAGAAGAUUUAAAAGAGGAGCUUAUCUUAAGGGAUAACAUCAAUCAAAAUCUCACUGAAUCUGUUAACGAUUUGCGACGCUUUAUUCGGGAGAAUCAUAUUGGAGGCGCAGCAUUGAUGGAACCACUAGAUAGUUCAUUUGACUAUUUGGACAAGUCUUUUAAAAAUUUGACAUCUGACGAUAGUCAAUACUGCGACUCGGAGAACCUGGCAUCCACAGUGAUAGAUAUCAAAUUGAAAGAGAAAGAGCAUGAAAAUGAAGAGCUUACAAAGAAAAUACAAGAAAUGGAAGAUAAAAUUCAAGAUAUGCAACGAUCGCACAAUGAAAUGCUCGAGCAACAGCAAACAGUAUCAAACGCAAAGAUUAUCGAAAUUCAACGAUCGUUGACUGAGUCAGAGGAAUUGAAAACGCUACUCACACGCGAUCUCGACAAGUAUAAAAUAGAUAAAGAAGAUUUGAUUGGACAGUUGAAGUUCUUGAAAGAGCUACAGAUUGAGGAAACUGAACGACUGCAGAUCGAGAUGAAGGAGAAAACUACAGAGCUGCAACGACGUUUAGAUGAAGCAGAAGAAAGCAAAACGCACAUUGAAAACGAGCUCAAAAAAGCGCAGGCAAUUAAGCAAGAUCUGCAUAAUGAACUCAAUGGAAUGAAUGAGCAAAUGGCAGAACUCCGGCAUAAAGUAGCAGAUGCCGCAAACGACAGAUUACAACUCACAAGCAAUCUCGAGAAGGGUAAAGCAAAGAUAGCAGAUUUGAUUGCCCAGUUAGAGUCGCAGAAAAAAAUACACAUCGAGGAACAUGAACGAUUGCAGGCUGAGAUGAAUGUGAAAACUACAGAGCUUCAACGGUGUUUAGACGCGGCAGAGGAAAGCAAAAUUUGUCUGGCUGACAAACUCAAGAAGGAAGAGGCAAAGACACAGGAUCUGAAUCGUGAACUUGCUCUGCAAAAAAAUCAGCAAACUAACUGGACUGAACAAAAUACAUCCCUUCGACAAACAUUAGCAGACGCAGAGAAGAAAAUUGUCAUAAAUCUCGAGCAGGUUAAAGCUGAAAAAGAAGAUUUAGUAGGACAAUGUAAGUCCUUGAAGCAGCUACAGAUUGAGGAAACUGAACGACUGCAGAUCGAGAUGAAUGAGAAAACUACAGAGCUGCAACGACGUUUAGAUGAAGCAGAAGAAAGUAAAACGCACAUUGAAAACGAGCUCAAAAAAGCGCAGGCAAUUAAGCAAGAUCUGCAUAAUGAACUCAAUGGAAUGAAUGAGCAAAUGGCAGAACUCCGGCAAAAAGUAGCAGAUGCCGCAAACGACAGAUUACAACUUGAAGGCGAUCUCAAGAAGAGUGAAGCUAAGAUAGCAGAUUUAAUUGCCCAGUUGGAAUCGCAGAAGAAAGUACAAAUCGAGGAAUGUGAGCGUUUGCAGGCUGAGAUGAAUGUGAAAACUACAGAGCUUCAACGGUGUUUGGACAUGGCAAAGAAAAGUAAAACGUGGUUGGUAGACGAACUAAAGAAGGAACAGACAAAGACUUACGAUCUCAAUCGUGAACUUAAUAGGCAACAAAAUCUGCUGGCGGAUAUGGAUGAGGAAACUAUAGCGCUCCGACAAGCAUUAGCCGACGCAGAGACGAACCAGUUACAAAUCGCCAUCAAUCUCGAGCAGGUUAAAGUUGAAAGGCAAGAUUUAGUUGAACAAUUGAAGUACUUGAAGCAGCAACAAACUGAAGAAAUUGAACGACUGCAGGACGAGAUGAACGAGAAAACUUCAGAGCUGCAACGACGUUUAGAUGAUGCAGAAAAGAGCAACAUUUAUCUUACAGACGAUCUUGAAAAGCGUAAUGCAAAUAUAGACGAUCUGAUAUGUCAGCUAGAGUCACAGAAGAAAAUACAGAUCGAGGAAAGUGAGCGUUUGCAAGCUGAUAUGAACGUGAAAAGUGCAGAGCUUCAACAGUGUUUAGACGCGGCAGAGGAAAGCAAAACGUGUUUGGCAGGCGAACUCAAGAAGGAACAGGCAAAGAAAGAGGAUUUGGAUCGGGAGCUCGUCAUUCAACACAACCUGCAGGCUGACAUGAAUAAGCAAAUUGCAAAGCUUAGACAAUCGUUAGCUAAUGCAGAGAAGUACAAACCGCAGCUAAUUCGUGACCUCCAAAAGAAUCAAUCUAAGGUAGAAGAUUUGAUUAAUCAGCUGGAAUUGCUAAAACAGCUACAGAUGCAAGAACGUGAACAGGUGCAGGUCGAGAUGAAGGCAAAAAUAGCUGAUGUGCGACAGGCAGAGAAGGACAAAUCAAAACUCGCAAGCGAGCUCGAGGAGCGUAAAACUGAGAGAGAAGAUUUGAUUUGCCAGUUGAAUUCGCAAAAGAAACAGCAAAUGGAAGAACAGGAGCGUUUGCAAGCUGAAAUACAGCAGAAAAAUGCAGAAAUGCGACAAGCAUUAACUAAUGCAGAGAAUGAUAAAUCACUUCUCGUAGACGAACUAAACCGUUUGAAGUCUAAUGAAGCCUUCACAACCAGUCUGCGAACGGAAAUGCUCGAGAAGAUUUCGGCGCUGCAACUGAACUUAGAGCGGGAGAAGGAAAAAUCGGAAGAAAUCAAUUGUCAAUAUAUCCAGGUCAAAAAGUAUGCGGAUGAUCUUGGUAUGCAGUGUACAAAGCUGAUGCAGAAGAUGUCCGAUGAACGGACUGAAAUGUCCAAUCUUCAGAAGGAUCUUGCCGGCAAGGAAGCGAAAAUGCAGGAACUGAAUGCGCUGUACGAAAAGAGUUAUCAAGAUAACGAAAUACUCUCGGUGAAGCUGUACAAGGCGCGCUCGGCACUGAAAGAGAAGGAGGACGCAUGGACAAAAGCACAACAGGACAUGAAGACAGCUAUGGAAGAGAAGUUGCGCGAUGCCAGGGUCGAGUUUGAUAGCACGAUGGAAAAGAUGAAGGAGCGGAUGAAAGAGCUGCAUAAAGAAGUUAAAACAAAGCUAGAAUGCGACAAUCAAGGUUUGGCAUUAACAGCCGAUGGCUACAAAAGGAAAGUUGACAAUCUUGAAAUACGGUGUAGCAAACUACAGAAACAGCUUGCCGAAAUGAACGAACGCAAUCUGGAAGUGCGAAAGGAGAACCAACAUUUGCAUAUAAAGCUAAAAACGCUGGAAGAGUUUAGUCAUGAUCGCAAGUCAUUAAUGUUACCAUCCCAGGCCAGUUUGCGAAGUAACCUAAGAAUGGAGGACGAGGAGGGUGAGCUGUUCAACAAUAUGUACCUGGCAGAUUUGAAGAGUGGGCGCUGUGUAUCGCCGGGACCAACAAACGGUGGUUUGGAUCGGUACUCUGAACUUUCCCAGCGCAAUUCGAAACGUCUGCCACACUUGCGCACCAACUAUGUCGCACUCGCACCCGACUGUGAACCACCAUCACACGAUGACACCCGGGAUACUAUGUCAACCACAUUCGACGAUAGCUCUACCGGGUUGAUUACGCGCCGUAAGGUGAGCGGUAUCACGUCUUACAAACGUCCUGGGCCACCCACACCGAGCAAGCGUGCCGGCCGGCUCUCACUGAACGGAGGUCUGGCAGGUAAUGGGGGCGAGAUACAGUACAAGGAUGCGCUGCGUGACACAAACGUGAAUGCUGCCACGGGGGGGACCGGUUCCGGUGCGGAACCGACCGGCACUACACGUGCCGGGCGAACGAAAACGCCCGGCAAGUUCAAGCAGAUGAUCAGUUCAUCCAGCCUGCUGAACAAUUUUCAGCGAGAUGAGGGCCACACUUCGGCGAUGCCCAACGCUACUGCUAGACGCGUAACGGAUAACACCCAGGACAUGCCAUCAAAUAGGCCCAUCAGCUUAAAGGCCGUUGCCAAACACAAACGCUUCCAGCGCAAAAUGUUGUUCGAUUCCAAUCGGUGUCUGGCCAAUCAAGAUUGUGCUGUGGCAAGGGAUGAAACCCGUCUACCGUUGGGUACCAUCUUGGAAUGUCCAAUUUCCAAAAAGAAGUCUCUGGAGGAGGAUUCCGUCCAGAGUCGUACCGUGAGCGUGGUGAAACCGAUAGCACCCGUUACCACGGCUCCGUUGGCAAUGACCAGGACGACAACCACCUUGACGGACAAUACGACUACUACGACCAUUACAGCGACGCACGUGACAACCACUCAUAUGGAGCUCGUGACUGCUCUCGCCGCAAGCGACUACAGCUUUAAGCAUCCGUAUGGCAGUAAUCGGCAUAAUAUCCUUCGGAUGCAAGCACAAAGCCGCGAGAAACGUCGCCAGCUGUACGAUGAAACGCGCAAAGUUGCACCGAAAGGCAUAGCGCCCGUGUCUAUUGGAUCUCCUGCCGUUGGCGUUACGGGUUAUCACAGGGACGAACACGAUCUAGACUCUACCAGCGACAUCACUGUGUAUCACAGUUUUACAAACGACAUAGACGACAGCUACAAUCUACCGCUGCCCCAGUACUCGGCCUGUCCCAUUUCCACCCCGGGCCCCAUAUCAGCGGGUGAGCCUGACACCGGCACGCUACGCUUACUUCUUCUAUUGGCUUACGUUGGGUUUUUUGCACAGAUUUUGUUCUGUCUCGGGAACUGUUCGGCUACGAUGCAUCGACCGCACGACGGUCAAACCUAG